AUGCAACAAAUAGAAGAACUUAUAUGUCCUGAAUGUUAAAUGAUGUUUAAUGAAAGUGACAAUCUACCAUUGAUGCUUCCAGAUUGUGGACAUACAAUCUGCUAAAAUUGUAUUUAGCAAAUGCUAAUCAAUAAAAAAUACAUUGUCUGUCCAGAAGAUGGUAUCAUGGCUAAAAAUAAGAAUGAUAUCUCAUAAUUUCCAAAAAACUGUUAAUUAUUAAAAAUGGUGGUCAAGCAUAAAACUUAAUACUAGUAAAGUAGAUAAUCAGCAAGAAAUGACGAUAGUGAUAUAGGUUAUCAACUCUAAUUGAACAACUUAAUUUCAAAUGAUAUUCCAAAUGAUUUAUGCUAGGAACAUCUAGAAAAAUUGGAAAUAGUAUGUCUCACAGAUCAACUCAGAAUUUGUACAAGAUGCGCAUUAUUUGGAUAGCAUCGACAUCACGAAGUCCGUUCUGUUGAUGAUGUAGUAAAAGAGAUCACACAAAAGGCUGAAAAUAUCAUGCAGAUAUAUUAAAAGAUACUCCAAAAACAGAGUGAAAUGACUGAGUUAAAAUAUUUUGAACCCUUGCAAGAAAGAUUCUCAAGUGUCCUUACAGAGAGUCAUAAUACUGUUAAAGAGAAAUUUAAAGAACUGCAUUAAUUAUUAGAUAUCAAGGAACAGAGACUUAUUGAAUAAUUAACAACAUUGACAUAAUCACUAGAACAACAAACAAAAAAAUAAAUUAAAGAAUUGUUGCAAAGCUCCCUCUCUCAAGCAGAAUUGUGGAAGAUUACAGCCAAGGAUAGAUUAGUCUAUUUCUCAACCAAAACAGAAAAUGGAGAAUUACCUUUAGAUUUGUUAAAUAACUAAGAUUAUGCUUGUGUAGAUAAGGGUAAAGGAAUAUAUGAGGAAUUGGAGAAGAUCUAAAAAUAGUUGGAUCUCAAACUAUAGAAUAUCAAAAUAAAGAAGUUGAGAGUUGAUCUCAAAAAGACAGAAAUCGAUAAGAGUUUUGAUAAUCUUUUCACUAUUACAUUAUAAUUGAGUAAUGUCAAUAAUACUAGCAAUAUGACUAAGAGUAGUUAAAUCUUAAAAACUAUAAAUACUUUGACAGAUUCAACAUUGUUGUAAGACAUUAAGAGAAAUGAGAGUUUUAGCAAAUUAUGUGGUUAAGAUGUCUUUUCAAGUUUUUGUCAAGAUGAACCAAUGUUACUUAAAGAUAUAUCCAUGGCAGAUUGGAGUGAGAGUCUUAUGGAGGAAACAACCAAUAUUACUUAAGUGAAAAGUCCAAAUAGAAGUAGUCUAGAUUAAGAGGAAUUUGUAAAAAAUAAAGGUGGAUCUGGAUUGAAAGAACUCAAAGAAAUUUAACCUGUUAUUAGUUCUUAGACCAUCUAAUCAACUACUCCUACCAAACCUGAGAGAAUUUAGAUUAGAGCUUUGGAGAAACUCAAAGGAUCCUUUUAAUAGCCAAGUCCUGGCAGAAGAGAUUUAGAAUAGGUUAAUUCCAUCAGAUAAGGUGUUAGUCCUAAUACUAAAAUUGUAGAUUGCAAGAAGAAGAAAAUGUUUAAGAUCAACGAAAAAUUUGAAAAUGUUUGGCAAGCAUUUAAGAGUGAUAAUCUAGAAAUUGCUGAUUUCUCAAGUGCAGAAUUGGGAGAUGAUGGAUUAUAGUUUAUUGGUGACAUUCUGAAAACAUCAAAGAGAGUUAAGCAACUUAAAUUAGUAAGGAAUAAAAUAACUGAUGAGGGAGCAUGUAAACUGUUAGAUUGUCUUGUAUACAAUACAAAUUAAGCCUUUUAAAGUCUACAUUUAUCAUCCAAUAUGAUAACUGAAAGGACUCUAGAUUAUUUCAUAUCUCUAGUUAGAAAUUCCCCCCAAGGUUGUUCGUUGCCCAAAUCUUUAUACUUGAACCAAACUCUAAUAAAUGCAACCAAAGCCAAAAAGAAAAUUGAAGAUUUAAAGCGUGUUGGAUAUUUAGUGAAUAUUUGA